GUUUGGACGCAUCUAAACUAGGAAGAUCAUGGCUAGAAGAAGCUCCGGAAGAAGCUCUGGAAGAUCUGCACCCCGUGCGGCUCCUCGUCAAGCACCAGCUCGUAAUCCCCCUGCACCAGCAAACCAUGCUCCUCCUCCAGCUCCUGUUCAAGGUGGCAGUGGCGGAUCCAUACUUGGAAGCAUUGGUUCAACCAUUGCUCAAGGCAUGGCUUUUGGUGGUGGAAGUGCUAUGGCACACAGGGCUGUAGAUGCUGUGCUAGGUCCUCGCACCAUUCAGCACGAAAGUGUUGUAUCUGAAGCUGCUGCUGCCCCAGCACCCCACAUGAACAGUAUCGGUGGCUCUGAUGCUUGUGGUGUGCAUUCUAAGGCAUUCCAAGAUUGCCUGAAUAGCUCUGGCAAUGAUAUCAGCAAGUGUCAGUUCUAUAUGGAUAUGUUGUCCGAGUGCAAGAGGAACUCAGGUUCUAUGAUGAGUGCCUAAGUAGUCCACCAUACUUUGCAAUACAUUGAAAAAACUCUUCUAUUUUGCUUUUGAUUACUGUGUUUGGUGGAUUGACACUACAUAUUUUUUACCAGUGAUUUCCGUCUACUAUUAUUGUUUUAGCUAAUGAACAUGGUUUUAUGCAUGCUUGCAAUAAAGGUACCAAACUUGAAUCUUUUAUGAACUCUUUGGUUGAAAUGGAGGCACAUCAGGGUUGUUGCUGAUGUUUCUCCAGAUGUAAUGCUAUUGCAUAUCUACUGCCUAAUGAGUUCUACAUUUGGGUGUUUCUGAUAUGUGAAAUCUUAGCUGUACAGUAAUGCUUAAAUUUGAAAGACAGAUUACAAAUAUGGGG